CAAGCACUCCACAGCAGUGAUGAUAGCAGUGCCGAAACGGAGUCCAUUUCACUCAGUAGCUUUUUCUUAAAUGUUUGGUCUAGUUUAUGGAAAUACAUAAACAGAGACUAACAACUACGGCUAUUUGGUGAAGUGUCAAAUAACCUUAUCUUCUCUAUCCUUCAUCUUUUCAACUUCGUGAUCAUGUCUAGGAGAAAAGUAAGGGGACUCACUCGAACCGGGCGCCAGGUAAGCGAGGAUCCGGAUCUCGACAACUUGCUGUCAAACCUGUCGCCUGAAGAGAUGGAGGAGCUACAAAAGGAGGUGUCGACAGUGCCCGACCCAGACCCGAGUGAGAUUAUCAUAUUAGAACAAACCGAUUUAAAGCAAUCCAUUCCUUAUGAAAGAGAUUCCAUCUUGACCAAUAACGGCGAGUUAAAGACGGGUUUCCAAAGAAACCUCUUCACUGAGGGUGAGCCUAGAAGGGAAAGCCGGAAACAGGAAUAUCUCAGAAAAAUGGGCCUGAGUCAGGAGACAAAUGUUUCCAGUAAUGACAGCAGAGAAGGAGACGUAUUCAUGUUCAAUGCUCCUGUUAAACAAGUGAAUAAUGUAGAGAACAGGAACACAAGAGCCACAGAUGUUCCUAAAGAUGUGAGAGAAAGGCAAUUCAAGAGGAAUGAGGAAAGUGAAAUGGGAUUUGAGGUCAGGGUGAAAGAACAGGAUGGCAUGCACAAGGAUAAACGGAACAAAAAAGAAGGCAGCAGCAAGACAAAAGAGUUGAUAUACAAGCUUCAAGAACAAAAAGAGGUGUGUAAAGAGGAGAAAAGAGGUGAAAGCUGGAAGAGAGACUCAGGAGACAACAAGACAAAAGAGAUGAUUUCUAGGUUACAAGGGACGCAGGUGAAAGAAGAAAGAAUGGAACAUGAAAUGAAAGCAGAAAUCAGCAAAAGACAGGAAAGUAGGACAAAAGGCCUUUUUUUAGAGGAAAACCAAAAUUUGGUUGUUCAGACCAAAAAACAGGAAAGCAGCAUAGAUAAAGAAAAGACAGAAGAACAAGUAGAAAUAGUUAAGUUAGUUGGCAAGGAAAAAGAAAUUAUUCUGAUGGAUUCUAGUAAAAAUAUUGAAAGUAUAGAUAAAGAGAGUGAGAAAGAGAAGAGAGAAAAUAGAGUGAAAGAAGUAUUAAAAAUGAGUUCUACUGACAUUGGAAAAAAGAAACCAAAAGCACAAAAUGAGAUUCAAAACGAUACACAUGAAUCCACCAAAGAAGAAAAGGUUGGAAAUUAUGUGGAAGAAAAUAACACAAAAACCAUGUCAAAAGAAGAACAUGAGGAAGAGUCUGCUAGCAUGUUUGCUGAAGAUCUAGAGAAACUACUAAGCAAUGAUCCAAGCAUGACCGAGGUCAAUGUCAACAAUUCAGAAGUCAUCAAUGUUAAAACCCUUAUUCAGUUUGCUGAAGCAUUAAAAAACAACACACAUGUCAAGACAUUCGCCCUUGCUAAUUGCCGUGCUGAUGACCAUGUGGCCUAUGCUAUUGCAAGCAUGUUAUGCAGCAACAAAAUCAUCACUAGUAUCAACAUGGAUUCUAAUCUUCUCACCAGCAAGGGCAUCAUGGCACUGGUCCAAGCCAUUCAGUACAACACUUCCCUAACUGAGCUACGCUUCCAUAAUCAGCGGCAUAUCUGUGGAGGCAAGACAGAAAUGGAGAUGACAAAGAUUUUGAAGGAUAACAAAACUCUACUCAAACUUGGUUACCAUUUUGAAUUGGCUGGCCCACGCAUGACCAUGACCCACAUACUCAGUCGUAACAUGGACCGGCAGAGGCAGAAGAGGUUGCAGGAGCAUAAACAGACUACAGCCCAUGGAAAUGGAGAUAAGAAAGAUUUACUACAGGUCCCAAAUCCUGGCUUCAAAAAAGGUUCCCCAAAAAACUCACCAAAGCCAUCUCCUACUCCAUCUCCUGUACCAUCCCCUACAUUAACCCCAAAGGCCUUUAAAGUACCUGGUGGUCCUCUACUCCCACCACCUGGAGGAAUACCACCACCACCAAUUCUAGACGGCGAAUUCCUGAAGAACUCUCUGACCCCUAUGUCACAGAGAAAGCUUGAGGACAAGACUGGAGGCCGAGGUGGAGGUCUAAAUUCAAGGGAUCAACUUCUAGCCUCUAUAAGGGGUGCCAAUACUAAACAGUUAAAAAAGGUUGCAUUACCAAAACUACUGCAAUAAUCAGACAGGGAAAAGUUAAACACAAAGUGACAAGCAGGUUGCAGACAUCUCACCUUGUGAAGAUCAGGCCUUGGCAUCUUCUACAUUAAGUGUACUAUGGCCUAUAAGACAGGCAAGGAUGUGUUUGAUGAAUACAGUAUAAUUCUGUAGGAUACAGCUUCAGCCCAGUAUUCUCCAUAAGCUAUGGAAAGCAAGGGAAGCCUGGUACAGAUGUUGUGCCCCAGACUGUGUUGAUAUUUGCACUAAGUGAAGUAAUUCAUAUGGUAAACAGAUGAAUGUGUGUGAUACAGGAUAUGUGUCUCUAUGUGUAUGGAGAACUCUGCAUGCAGGAAAACUGAUUGUGAUAAAAUUGCAAGUUAUUUAUAAAUUAUUAUAAAUUAUAUGCUAAUGAUAACUCUAAUAACCAAAUAUUUUUGCUAAGUUAGCUGACAUUUAAACAAUAUGGAAUGUUUAAUGAUUUUUUUCCAAAAAAUGUAAAAAAAAAAAAAAAGUUUUCCAGUUUUACUAUAUUGUACACAGUUCAUCAGUGCACAUUGAUAUAAUAUUAUGUAUUACUGCUUAUGCUUAAUUAAUGUUGAUCAUUUUUGUUAUUUCCUAAAAAGUAGUAUAUGGCUUUUAGUUACUACAUAUAUUACCUUUGACAUAGUAAGUACUGUUGAAUAAUCUGUUCUACAUUGGAUUUUAUUGUGCUAAUCCUCUUCAAUAUUAGUAUCGCCACAGCCACAUAUUUGAGUGUCACUCUUCUCACACUCUUCUCACAGCUGGGCAGGUGAAAAUUUUUAUUUUAUAGUAAAAAAGAUUUAUGCUAUUUUAAUAAAGCUAUCUGUUUUGAA